AUGUGUGUGCGUACAAAGACCUCGUACGGGUGCGGAUGCGAAUACAAGACCACCGCCGAGUGCCACUCUUCCCGUUGCGCCGGCCUCGAAAGAUAUCACUACCCUAGGAGUGGUGACUGCCGCACCUGCAAAGAAGCGGGCAGUGCAUCAACACGAGGGCGAGAUGGCAAAGGCAGAUACGGGCAAGAGAUCGGCCGGCGAAGACACUCGAGGGACGAUGAUGAAGCCUCCAUUGACGAACUACCAGACACCGCCGAAGUUGGUGAUGGGAUAAGUCCGUGGGCACCUCCAUCUUCACGAGAAAAGGAGUGGAGCAGCCAUUCCAGGAAAAAGGCAGAUGAUGCUUGGUUGCAGGAGCACGCAGAGCGAAAUUUCGACCUACAAAGCAUCCGCGAAUCUCUGCCAGACUAUCCUCCUUCUGAUCGCGGAUCCCCCGUCGCCCCCGCCUCCCCUCGACGACAUGCCCGGGUCUAUUUGGUCGACGACGAUCUGCACUACGAUCGUGGUGACAACCAUGAGAGACGUCAUCGGCGCGAGGAAUCGGGCAAGAGUCUUCCUGUCGAGAUACGCAGCAGAAACGUCUACCGUCGGCGAAGACAAGAUAGCCAAGACAGCUUCGAAAGCAUGCGCAGCUCACGCUCGUCGGCCCGAAAGCAUACCCCUGCGCCCACCACUUACACGGCGUACGAGUACAAUGACGUUCACGAUUCAGGCUAUGGCUCAUAUGGCUCUCGAGCAUCCAAUGGAUACCGAGGAGCGAAGACCGAGCCCUACGCCUAUCCACCAUCACCGCCACCGCGAGUCGUGAGCAUCAAAUCACCCUCACCUCAUUCUUAUGUCCCCUACGGAGUCGGUCCCGUUAAUAUUGUCACGCGUGCCCCGACGUACGGGUACAGCCCUCCAAGGUACUGA